UAAAGAUAGAGACAUGAAAAUAGUACCCCCCCAUUUUAUUUUAUGCUCAGAGACACUUUCUUUUGGUAAGGCCACUGCAGUGUCAGUUUUACUGUUAUAUACGUUCCGCCAGCAGAGGGCGCUCGGUCCUGUACGCAUCGGUAGCUGACGCUACACUAGAAGAAGUAGUGUCAGCGGUGAAGAGGCAGCGUACGGCCCGCGCGCGCCGAAGAGAACUGAUUGUCUUAUUUUUCUGUUUUUACAGUUUUUCUGUAAAAAUAAAUAUGUUGCACGAGAGAUGAGUUGGCCCAUCAUUUCAGCGGUGUAACAUAUUUUGGCGAGCCAGCCAGGAGGUGGCGCUAGUGAGUCAACACCAUCACCAACCACCUUCUUUCCCAAGAGACGAACCUUCAAUCAAAAGAAAUGGAAUCCCUGCAACCUCUGCGUGACGAAGUGAGUGCAGCCUUGUGGCAGUUGGAGAGAGAGCAUCUUGUGGACGUCUGCAGGCGACUGAAAUGUUCCGGCCUGGACAGCGCAGAGUCUCACAGCAAGACCAAGAGGACACUCAUCAGGUUGGCAGAGGGCAUGUUUGAUGAUGUGGAGAAAAAUGAGGAAGAGGAUCAAGUGGAACAGUUUUAUAAAGACAUUGCUGUAUACAUCCAGAGACUAAGCAAAGGAGAGUGUCAGUCAGAAAGGGAACUCCAUGGCACAGAGUCUGGGCAAAAGAAAGAUCUUGAGGACACCACAUGUGCUACUCCAACACAGAUUGCAGAUUUCCCACCCAGAGCCCGACCAGAGGCGAUGCGAACUCUUCAAGAGGUAACAUUGAGGAGGGAGUUUAAAAUCUGUGGGCAGAUUGGAGAGCAUGGGCAGAAGGAUAAGCUAUCCUAUCUUAGCCUGAUUCGCCAGAUUGAGAAUGGGAGUGAAAAAGGGCACUCGGAGACUGAAAUAGUGGAAGCAGUAAUUAGGGCCAUUAGUCCAGGAACGCCCCUAAGAGAAAUGUUAGAGAUCAAACGUGGGUUAACACUCAGCAAACUGCUCACCAUAUUAAAGGGACACUAUAGGGUAGACAGCCCCACUGAGCUUUACCAUCAGCUCCUCAAUAUCUCCCAAGAGCCCAAAGAAACUGCCUUAAACUCUGUAUUUCGUGCCAUUGAACUUAAAGAGAAGUUGUUAUGGAAAGCGGCAAAUGAGGAGACAGAUGAACUGUAUAGCAGAGCCACCAUCCAGCGCAAAUUCCUCCGCUCCAUUGAAACUGGGCUGCUCAGUGACUCUAUCAAGUAUCAGCUACUGUCCCUCCUAAGCGACAUAACCAUAACAGAUGAAGAACUGAUUGAGAAAGUCAAUGAAGCUUCAAAGCUAGAAAAUGAAAGAUUUGAGAAACGGAAAAGGUCCACUGCAGCCAAGAUUCCCAAGGUCCAAGAGCUCCAAACAGAAUGCCAAACAGCCCCGACAUCUGCUCAGAGCCCCUCCAAACCCAGAGAAUCCCCCGCUACGGUGGCCAUGACAACAGUGAAAAAUAAACAGACUAAGUCAGACACGCAGCAGAUUAUAGAAGAACUACGUAAAGAGAUGAAACAAAUGUUUAUGGCUGCUAUGGAAACCAGUCCCCGCACCAUGGCACCAAAGCAACGAGAAAAAGGCUGUAAAAAGUGCAAAGAAGAGGGGAAAGGAGAGAACUGCCUGCACUGUUUCAAAUGUGGGCGAGAGGGCCACUACUCCCGUGGAUGCCGAGCACCGAGACUGUCAUCGGGAAACGGGGAGGGACUACUGAGAUGGGACCAACAGUAGUCCAAAGCCCACGGUCCCAUAACGAACAGCCAAGCCCACCAACAUCCUCCAAAGAAACUGCAGCUAGUGUCCCAUCAGCGGUAACUGAGGUUCACUAUCUACCCCCUCAACGAAAGUCACGGUUAGUAAGCCUAGUGGGAAACAGAUGUACUGUGAACUGUUUUAUGGACAAUCGCCCAGCUAAGGUGUUGUGGGAUUCAGGGGCACAGUCCAGCAUAGUAAAUGAAAACUGGCGGCAAAACCACCUCCCCCACACGGUUGUCAGACCCGUUUCAGAGCUGUUAGACAAUGAGACGCUCACAGUGUUUGCUGCAAAUGACACACCCAUUCCGUACAUUGGCUGGAUAGAAGUCAGCUUCAGACUAGGCAGUGAUUUGUCUCCAACCAGUGAGCUGCAGGUUCCAAUAUUGGUAUCCAGUGACCCAGCUGUGGCCAGUGAUCCCAUCAUCGGCUACAAUGUCAUUGAAGCUAUCGUGAACCAGGAAGAGGUAAAAGCCAAAGGAGGAAGAAAACAACUAGCACACUAUGUGAGUAAAGCAUUUGAAAUAACUGUACGCACUGCACAUAAUGUUGUCAAGCUUGUGCAGAACAGCACUGAAGGCCCAGAGACAGGUGUGGUAAGAACUGGUGUAAGAAGAGUGCCUUUGUCAGCAAACCAAGUCACCACAGUUUAUGUACGGGCACACGUUAGUUCACAUGCCCGGGGCCAAGACAUGCUCUUUCUACCUGAUGGGGCUGACCCACCACCAGAGGGCGUAAUAGUCAAUGAUGUACUGGUGAAAAUCCCAGACAGAAAAGUACCAUAUGUGCCCAUCCCUGUGACUAACACUACAGACCACACCAUUUAUCUGGACAGCCGUAAAGUGAUUGGAUACCUUGAACCAGUAAAGACUGUAUACGCAGCUGGCAUCCAGACUAAAGUAAACGAGCUGACACAAGAGAACAAAAGUGGUACAGAGUUAAAGUCACACAACCCGAGUAACACACAGACACGAGAGAACCAACAGAGACCAAAGUCAUGGGACCCACCAGUGGAUCUCCAGCAUCUGGAUGAAAAUCAGCGAGCGGCUGCGAGGAAGAUGUUGCGAGAGGAAUGUGAGGCGUUUGCAUAUGACAGUGACGAUGUUGGCUGCAUACCAUCCCUGAGGAUGCAUAUAAGCCUCCAUGACACAACUCCUGUGAAAAAGACUUACAUGUCCAUCCCAAAACCCCUGCACAACAAAGUCAAAGAGUAUUUGCAAGACCUGCUUAACAAAGGCUGGAUCACACCAUCACGGUCCCCCUACUCAUCACCUGUGGUGUGUGUCCGCAAGAAAGACGGCACCCUCCGCCUUUGUUGUGACUUUAGGGAGCUCAACCGCAAGUCAGUCCCAGACCGCCAUCCAAUCCCAAGGAUCCAAGACAUGUUGGAUGCUCUGGGUGGGAGCUCCUGGUUUUCCGUGUUAGACCAGGGUAAGGCGUACCACCAGGGUUUCUUGGAUGAAGAAAGCCGCCCCUUAACCGCCUUCAUCACACCCUGGGGGCUCUAUCAGUGGGUACGGAUUCCCUUUGGCCUGAGCUCCGCACCCGCUGAGUUCCAGAGAAGCAUGGAGCACUGUAUGGCAGGCCUCAGAGACACUAUCUGCCUCCCAUACCUGGACGACAACCUGGUGCACAGCAGCAGCUUUGAUGAACAUUUGGAACAUAUCCGCCUUGUCCUCCAGCGUUACAGAGAGCAUGGUGUUAAGCUGACCCCAAAGAAAUGUGAACUGUUCAGGCGAAGUGUCAAGUUUCUGGGAAAGCUGGUAACAGGUGAAGGCUACACCAUGGACCCGGCAGAGUUGGCCCCGGUGAUGGCGUUAAAGGAAAAGACCCCUGCAACCGUCGGAGAGGUACGUCAAAUGCUUGGUUUCCUCUCUUAUUACAGGCCUUUCAUCCCCAACUUCUCCCGUGUAGCCCAUCCACUCUACAGCCUGCUCAGCCCUCCAUCUUCUGAGAACUCUGCUCCAGUCUCAGCCGACAAGUCCAGAAAGGAGGCGAAGAAAAGUAAAGGCCAUUUACCAUCACGGACGCCCAUUCAGUGGACGACCUCCCACCAAGAGACAUUGAACCAGCUUGUAGAUGCACUUACAAGACCCCCCAUUCUCGGGUACCCCGACUUCACAGAGCCUUUUGUGUUACAUUGUGAUGCAUCACAGGUUGGGCUAGGUGCUUUUUUGUACCAGCGGCAGCAAGGCAAGAUGAGAGUCAUAGCUUAUGGCUCCCGCACUCUGAGUCCAGCAGAGAAAAAGUACCACCUGCACUCUGGCAAAUUAGAGUUUUUGGCUAUGAAGUGGGCGAUUUGUGAACGUUUCCAGGAUUAUCUGUACCAUGCCCCAUCGUUCGUGGUGUACACUGAUAAUAACCCACUAACAUAUGUGCUCACUACUGCAAAGCUUAACGCCACAGGUCACAGAUGGGUCGCGGAGCUGGCCAGCUACAACUUCACCAUCCGCUACCGUCCAGGCAAGACCAACGCAGAUGCUGAUGGGCUGUUGCGAAUGCCGUUGGACAUUGACAGCUACAUGAAGAGCUGUACAGCUGAAGUUGGACAGGAAGCCAUAAGCGCAUCAAUGGAGUCUGUAACGGUGGAGGAGAGAGACCCUUGCCAAGGUGUUGGAGUUAUCCAUGUUAGUGCUCUGAAAUUAAUCAAAGAUUCUGACACUACCCAGUCUUUUACACCAGACCAAAUACGCAGAGUCCAGGAAGCAGAUGAAGUUCUGGCAAGAGUGCUCUGGUAUAAGUCGCUGGGUAGAAGACCGAGUAGAACUGAGGUGAAGUCAGAGCAUCCUGCAGUAGCUGCACUACUCAAGCAGUGGUUGAAGCUUCACGUCGACCAGAAUGGUGUCCUGCAUCGCCAAGCAUCACGCCGAGAGCAGCUACUGGUCCCUAAAGCCUAUCGUCCCCUGGUUUUUAAAGAACUCCACCAAGACAUGGGCCACUUAGGGGUGGAAAGGACGCUCGACCUGAUUCGAGACAGGUUCUACUGGCCGCAGAUGGCGAAAGAGGUUGAACACUUUGUUACAGAAGAAUGUGAGUGUCUUAAGAAGAAGAAACCGAGUAAGCAGACCCGUGCACCUUUGUCCCCGAUCCAGUCCACUUACCCAUUCCAGCUGGUGUCCAUAGACUUCCUUCACCUGGAAAAGUGUAAGCAGGGCUACGAGUAUAUACUUGUUGUCAUGGAUCACUUCACGAGGUUUGCCCAAGCCUAUGCAACGAAGAACAAAGCAGCUAAAACAGUUGCUGACAAGCUCUUCAAUGACUUUGCACUCAAGUUCGGCUUCCCGACCAGACUACACCACGACAUGGGCAAGGAGUUUGAAAACAAACUCAUGGCAAGAUUGAAAGAACUCUCUGGUAUCCAGGGCUCCCACACGACACCCUACCACCCACAGGGUAAUGGACAGGUGGGGAGAUUCAACCGCACCCUGCUGUCCAUGUUGCGGACCCUGGAGGACAAGGAGAAGGAUGAUUGGAAAGAGUCGCUAGCUAAAGUCGUCCACGCGUACAACUGUACGAAGAAUGAGGCAACAGGCUACGCCCCAUGUUACCUCAUCUUCGGGCGUUCCCCACGCCUGCCCAUCGACUUGCUCUUCGACCUGAAAAGGGAUGAAGCUCAUUUGGACUAUGAUGACUAUGUUAGCUGCUGGAAAAAGAGAAUGCAGGAGGCGUACACAGUGGCUUCUCAAACUGCUACCAGGGAAGCUGCUCGAGGUAAAGCGUACUACGACAAGAAAGUUAAAGGGAGAGAUCUUCAGCCUGGGGAUAGAGUGCUCCUCCGAAAUCUCACUCCUCGAGGUGGUCCCGCAAAGAUCCAGUCCUUUUGGGAGAACCAAGUCUACAAAGUGAGGGAGAGGAAAGCAGAUGACAGUCCAGUGUAUGUAAUCAGCCCUGAAAAUGGCCAAGGCAGAGAUAAAGUGGUGCACAGAAAUCUCCUACUGCCCUGUGACUUCCUGCCACUUGAGAAGCCAUCUACACAGACUGUUCAGCCCCAAAAAGACUCUCCAACGGUGACAAGGAAGAAGUUCAGACCUCCGUGUAGACAGCAGCAGCCAAGGAAUGGCGACACAUCGGAUGAUGACGACAGUGGCACCUUCCAGUGGUACCUUAGGCCGGUUCCAGGGAGACGACAGAGGCAGACUCUGCUUAACCCUUUGGCAGAGUCCUUCCAGCCUCCUCCGAGUCUCCACCGUCAAGAAGAGGAUUUGCCACUACAGAGCGAAGAGGAUUUGCCACUACAGAGUGAAGAGACUGUGCCUGGGCAGAUCCAAGGCCCUGACCCUGACAAUGACGGGCCACUGAGUGGUGAUGCUAUGACUGACAUUCUAGCUGCAACUGGUGGUGAGACUGACUCUGUGAGGCAGCGACCUCAAAGACAAAGACAGCAACCAACUGUACUGAGCUAUGACACUUUAGGUCAGCCAACUUUGGUUCAGAGGAACUGUACAGUGACUACGGCUCAGGUGAUUGACUGUAAUGGCUUCUGGAGACCAUGGACGGUGGGAGUGUGUUAAAGUUAUGGUUCAAUAGAUGAUGCAGACAGAAAUGUCAGGAGACAUUUAAUUUUGUGGGGGAGAGUGUGGCACUAUGUUAAAGAUAGAGACAUGAAAAUAGUACCCCCCCAUUUUAUUUUAUGCUCAGAGACACUUUCUUUUGGUAAGGCCACUGCAGUGUCAGUUUUACUGUUAUAUACGUUCCGCCAGCAGAGGGCGCUCGGUCCUGUACGCAUCGGUAGCUGACGCUACACUAGAAGAAGUAGUGUCAGCGGUGAAGAGGCAGCGUACGGCCCGCGCGCGCCGAAGAGAACUGAUUGUCUUAUUUUUCUGUUUUUACAGGUAAGCUGGGUGGUUGAUAAUAUGAAACAGAGGUUAUAAAAGUGACAGACAGCAGUGACGAUUAAUGAUAAAUGUCGUUUGUGCCGAAUGUUAAGCUAAAGAGCUAAUUUCCAAGUUGGUCCAGUUGUUAGCCUGUGCCGAUCCAAGUGUUAGACCGUACCGAAAGUCUGUGCGCUCGGUGCAGGUAUUUUUGGGUUAAAAUCACAAUAUAUAUGUUUUGCACAAUAAGAGAAAAUGUGAAUUGCUUUAUGUUUAGUUCAUGAAGAGUGAAUGUUGUAAAAAAAUUGUUAAGAAAAACAUUUAUUUGAAAAAGAUCUAGUUUAAUAAAUACAGUUAAGAAGACAGGUCCAUAAAUAGAUUAAAACAGUAGUAAAAACGAUAUAAAACUGUAAUCAGAGUUCACUGUGUUCUUCAUGUGUGUAGUAAAAUGUAUUUUUGUGAUUUAAGCAGUUUAUCAAGUGGUGCAUAUGAAUAUGGAACUGUAUAAGUUACUUGUAUAAAGUAAUGUUUGCUACACUAGAAGAAGUAGUGUCAGCGGUGAAGAGGCAGCGUACGGCCCGCGCGCGCCGAAGAGAACUGAUUGUCUUAUUUUUCUGUUUUUACAGUUUUUCUGUAAAAAUAAAUAUGUUGCACGAGAGAUGAGUUGGCCCAUCAUUUCAGCGGUGUAACAAUAGCAGCAAAAUAUUUCUCCUCUCGAUAGUUUCUACCUGCAGUUAUACUUUUUAACAUGCUUUGAGCUUGAGCAUAGGGGUUAGUUUGGGUGGUGAAUGGAUUUUUUGAUUGUGGUUCAGGUGCCAACGGCGUUGACACAUAAGGAGGUGGAUGUGGUUUUUGUAACGUCAUUUCUUUUUUCUUUUCUCUCUAUUUUCACUUCUCCUUUCUUUCUCCUCUUUCCAUGCUUUAAAAUAUUGCAGUUCUUGUGAGCGUUCUAUUUUCUUUUGUAGAUCUUUUUCAAUAUUUAUUUCUACUUGGAGGGUUUCUUUUAAUUUAAUCAAUGCGGAGGGGCU